AUGGGUAUGAAAUACCUUAUGGCGUCGGGAGUGGUUGGAUUAGUAAUAACGGUCAUCGGUCUGGUGGGCAUUAUUAAAGAAAACAUAUGCAUCGUGAUCGUUUUGUUGGUGUUAACCUUCCUUGGUGUUAUAUCAAACUUGGUCACUAGGGAGUACGGGGCCGCCGCAUGGGGUAUAGUAUGCGGCACGGUAACGGGACUUUAUCUGCGCUUGCUCAUUCAGAAACGAGAUGACAUUGUUGAGACUGUUGUUAACAAAGUUUGA